GAGGAGGAGAGAGCCUAGGGCAGCUCUGCACUGUGACCCAGCCUUGGCUGUGAGCUUGUCUGCUGUAUGUCUGAGGCUGGGAGGCUGCCCCUCCAUAUGUGAGUGUGUGUGUGUGUGUGUGCUCUACCGCCGCCACUGCUGCCCUUUGAUCCUUGCACUAGUGUUAGGGGCUUGGAGACACACAGGGAGCAGCCAUAGACACGGAAGCCUCGGCUCCUCAGCAUCAUGUCGCCCCUCCAUACACACAACACACGUAUAGAUCCCAUCCAUUGAGGAAUAUUUAUUACGGCUGGGGGAGGGAGGUGAAGGGGAGGACAAGCCAGGUGCAACGACCGAGCGCCCUGACUCCCGGAGCCCGCAGGAGCCGCUCUCCGUCUCCCUGCCUCAUCCUGCCGCCACCUCUUCUUCAUGUGCACCGAGGAGGAGAAUGUGAUGGACGCGGAGAAGCCCACAUAAAGGGGACACAAUGCCCAGGAGGAAGCAGGAGCAGCCCAAGCGUCUGCCUUCACAUGGUGCCAGGAGAGGGGAAGUUGGAGAAGCCAGUGAAGAAGAAAACUGGUUUGGGACAAACUCAGAAACACCAUCUGAAGAUUCCUUUGGUGAUGUACAAGACCAUUUUAAAUUGUCUCCUACUGAUAGGGGUCGAGAGUCGCCCACAUCUCCUGAUACAUCUUUAGGAAGUGCUACUCCAAGUUUAAAUGCUGAUCUCGGAUUUUUUGAAAAUGAGGUUUUUAAAGAUGCCUCUCAUUGUAAAGAACAGUUGUCGACAUCAGCAUCCUCUGUGGAUGAGGAUGAUCAAACCAGUGUGAAUAAGCCAUUAAGUAGUAAUCUUCGACGGUUACUGGAAGCUGGCUCUGUUCAGCUGGCAUCUGAAGUGUCUACAAAUGGCAGGGAAGAUCCACCAGGUCUACAGUUUUCUCCUUCAUCUCAUCAUGCAAAGCAGUUGAGUGUUCUUGCCAGAAAACUUGCUGAAAAACAGGAAAACAGUGAUCAAUAUGGGGCCGUACCCACUAACCGGUUUAUAUGGAGCCAGGAUAAAUGGCUACAAAACUCAAAUAACACAUGUGGUCUCUCACCAGAUUCUGCAAUCCUUAAACUAAAAGCUGCUGCUAAUGCUGUCCUCCAAGACCAAUCACAAAUGAGAACUGAAGAAACUCUAAGGUUUGAGACCUUCACUUCACCAUUCAGUUCCCAGUCAGCUAGCUCCACAUUAGCAGCUUUAUCUAAGAAAGUUAGUGAGCGAGGUAUGACAUCAGGUCAAGAGCGUCAUUCUCCAGCUGGCCCAUUCCUUUCCUUGGCAUCAAUGACCUCGUCCGCAGCAUUACUUAAGGAGGUUGCUGCACGUGCUGCUGGCAGUAUGCUUGCAGAGAAAAAAAAGCCCCACAUUUCAGAAGACCCACUACCACUGCCAGAAGAUAAACAAGAAAAGGGAACUACAGUCCAGUCCUUAGAGCUGUUAUUACUCCCUUCACCAAAAGGAAGAUCUUCAAAAUCUGGAAGUCAAGCUCCGGAAGAAGAAGUUGGAAAGCCUUUCCAAUGCCCCAUCUGUGGACUAGUAAUAAAACGGAAAAGUUAUUGGAAAAGGCACAUGGUGAUUCACACAGGUUUAAAAAGCCAUCAGUGUCCACUUUGUCCAUUUCGCUGUGCCCGCAAGGACAAUCUGAAAUCACACAUGAAGGUCCACCAGCACCAAGACAGAGGAGAAACCUUCCAGUGCCAGCUUUGCCCUUUCACCUCUUCACGCCAUUUCAGCCUGAAACUUCACAUGCGCUGCCAUCAGCACUUUCUCCGGGCUGAAGCCAAGGUGAAGGAAGAACCCAGUGAUACAGACAAUAAAGGUUCACCUUUUAAUAAUUCCUUGGGCAGCCAUGAUGAAGGGAGUGCUUCACCGGCACAAAGCUCUCUGCUUCCAGAAAACUUAAAUCAGAUCAGUUCCUCAGCUGUGAGUUCACUACCUAUCAAGGAGGAACCUAAAGACAAUGACUGUCCCUCUAUGAUGCCCUUCCCCGAUAGACCAAGCAGCAACAGCAGCAUGAAGCUGAAAGAUUCUUUAGACUUUGUUACAUGCCCUUCGUCUUUUUUCAGUCAGGAUAUCUCUGUCAAAAUGGCUUCUGAUUUUCUGAUGAAGUUAUCAGCUGCAAAUCAGAAAGACCCUCUGACUUUGAAAGUAAAAGAAGAACCUAAUGACGGCGAGCUUAGCAACUCCUUGUCCCCGCAGUCUGGAUACACCUACAGCCAUGAAUCUGAGGCACGACGCUCAAGCACACCAGAAAAAGCCACCUCCCAGGAAAUACAGCCAAAUUUGCUAACGCAGGAUAUCUCUGUCAAAGCGGCUUCUGAGCUUCUCAUGAAGUUAUCUGCUGAAAGUUGUAAGGAUGCGCAGACUGUGAAGAUUAAAGAAGAACCCAUGGAGGUUGACAUCACUGACUCUUCCGUCUCCCCCAGACAAAACAUUGGUUACAGCACUUUAUUAAGGCAAGAAAAAACCGAGCACUUGCAGAAGAUGCCAGAGUGCAGAGUUAUUCCCGAGGGAAACCUGUUCAGCCAAGACAUCUCUGUGAAGAUGGCUUCAGAACUUCUUUUCAAAUUGUCAGAGAAAGUCAGUAAAGAAAACAAUCAUAACAAGUCAAACAUUAUCAGAACAACCAGCCCAUUCUUUUCUGAAGACAAAUUUAGACAAUCACCCUUCAGCUCAAAAGAUGGCCCAAAAAAUGAUCCUUCUCCUCAAGGAAGGCCUUCAUUGUCAGAUUCAGAGACACUUGGACUAGACGCAGGCGGUGGUUUAACAGCCUGGAAGUUAAAUGAACAGCUCUUUCCAUGCGAUGUUUGUGGGAAAGUAUUUGGUCGCCAGCAGACUUUAUCUCGACAUCUGUUAUUACACACAGAAGAGAGAAAGUACAAGUGCCAUUUGUGCCCAUAUGCAGCAAAGUGUCGGGCUAACCUAAACCAGCACCUAACUGUCCAUGCGGUAAAGUUGGUAAGCACGGAUACUGAAGAUAUCGUCAGUGCAGUCAUUUCUGAUGCCAGUGAGAAAAAGAAGAACCCAUAUUAUUAUAGCUGUCAUGUUUGUGGCUUUGAAACCGAGCUGAAUGUCCAGUUUGUGAGCCACAUGUCCCUUCAUGUAGACAAGGAACAAUGGAUGUAUUCAAUUUGCUGCAGUUCUUGUGACUUUGUCACCAUGGAGGAAGCUGAUAUGAGGACCCACAUCAGCACCAAACACUCAGGAGAUGAAAGAAAGACCCCCAGUGAAUCAAUAAGCCCUUCUUCUUCUUCAUUGUCAGCACUUAGUGAUUCAGCCAAUAGUAAAGAAGACAUAGACACCCCACUAAGAAAUCAGACUUCAAACAGCUUGUUGGUUAUUUCUGUAGGACACGGCUCCCAGCCUUUUGUUAGCAGUGAAGAGAAAUCUGACAAAGGUUUUGAAUGUGUUUUCUGCAAUUUUGUCUGCAAAACAAAACCAAUGUUUGAACGACACCUGCAGAUUCACCUGAUCACUCGAAUGUAUGAGUGUGACGUGUGCCAUAAAUUCAUGAAGACGCCGGAACAGCUGGUAGAACACAAGAAAUGCCAUACAGUCCCUACCGGUGGGCUCAAGUGCCCAUUCUGCAUUUACUCUACAAACCGCCCUGCAGCCAUGGAAUGUCACUUGAAAACGCACUACAAGAUGGAGUACAAGUGUCGGAUCUGCAAGACGGUCAAGGCAAACCAGCUGGAGCUGGAAGUGCACAUCCGCGAGCAUCGUCUCGGGAAUCAUUACAAGUGUGACCAGUGUGGCUACCUCUCAAAGACGGCCAAUAAGCUGAUUGAGCAUGUGCGUGUCCACACAGGAGAGCGCCCCUUUCACUGUGACCAGUGCAGCUAUAGCUGCAAGCGCAAAGACAAUCUCAAUUUGCACAAGAAGCUCAAGCACUCUCCCCGCCAGACCUUUAGCUGCGAGGAGUGCCUGUUUAAGACCACCCACCCUUUUGUCUUCAGCCGUCACGUGAAGAAGCACCAAAAUGGUGAGUUCUUGGAAGAAGAGAAAAAAAUUCAGAUCGAAGACCUGAAAGAGGCUACCGCAGUGGUUCCUGUCAAUGACACUAGGAGCCUCUUGUCGCCUCUCUCUGUCAUGUCUGCCUCACAAGCUCUCCAAACGGUGGCUAUGUCUGCUGCUCAAAGCAGUGGCAUGGAGACUCAUUUAGCACUUAAAGCCUUUGCAGUAAAUGGUAACUUAUCGUGCUUGGAUAGGUACCAGAACUCAGAAUUUGCUCAUCUCAUUCCCUUAACAAUGCUCUUUCCUAAGAACCAUUAUGAUGUCACAUUCCAUCCUCCCAGACCUCAAACGGCACCCCCUGGUGUCACCACACCUAAGCACUCCUUCCUUGCUUACCUUGGACUGACAGAAAGGGCAAAAACUGUUUAAGAAUGGCCCUUAUCCUGUCUCAGAAACCAGGCAGGUAAACAUUGCUGCAAAAUAUCUAAACGGUAUGAAAACUUGUACUGUAUAUCAAUAGCAAGAUUAGUUACUGGGCUCUGUGUGUAUACUUACUGCAUUUACAUAAAGCUGCUUACUUAAGUAUUCAGAGGGAACCUACUGCAUACUUCUACAUAUCAGGGGGCUGGCACACCUAUGCCUCUGCUUACCAUGAAGGCUUCUGCACUUAUAACAUGAUAGUUCUAUGUCUUUGUUUCCGUUGUAAACAAGUCUGUCUGCCUGAGAGAGAAACGUGUAACACACACAAUGGAAGUUCUGUGGAGUGUCUUUUUAUGUGCACUCUGGACAUAGCCAAAAUCAGUUCCAUUACAUGUAUGGAAUUGGAUACAUUAUAUUUUCUUAUUCCUUCAAGCACCACUCCUGAUAUUUAUUGUUUGUUUUUUUUAUCCCUCAUUUUAAGUGCAUCACCUAAAUCAGUGCUUCAUAUUGAACGACAAGGAUUCCAAUGUGAGGAUCUUUCACUUACCGUAUUUUUCGCCCUAUAGGACGCACCGGCAUAUAAGACGCGCCCAAUUUUAAAGGUGCAAAAUCUAGAAAAAAAAGAUUCUGCACCCAACAGUGAUCUUCAACCUGCGGACCUCCAGAUGUAACAUGUGGACGUCUGCAGGUUGAAGACCACUGGAUAGGAGGUAAUAUCCACGUGUCCCCGCCGCUCCGGACCCGUCACCGCUGCCCUGGACGUCGCUCCAUCGCUGUCGCCGCGUCCUCGUGGUGUCCCCAAUGCUCAGGACGUCUUCUUCCCCGGGAUCCGCGCUCUCCGUCGCCGUCAUUAUGUCGCUACGCACGCCACUCCUAUUGGAUGACGGGACGGCGUGCGCGACGACGUGAUGACGCCGAAGGAGAGUGCCGCCAUGCAGGGGAUCCCGGCACGGAGCAGACACCAAGGAGGCAGGUAAGGUCCCUCCCGGUGUCCUGUAAGCUGUUCGGGACGCCGCGAUUUCACCACGGAGGUCCAGAACAGCCUGACUGAGCAGAUGGGUUAGUGUCCCGGCCGCGGGUCCCGGACGUUGAUGGCCGCAGGGACCGCCCCGAUAGGUGUGUAUUCGCCAUAUAAGACGCACCAACUUUACCCCCCCCCCAGUUUCGGGGAAGAAAGAGUGCGUCUUAUACGGCGAAAAAUACGGUAACUGUCACAUUUUUCCUCCAGAUAAAGUUAUCCCAGAUGUAUCUGUUACAGGUAAUGGAGAACCUAAGAUGUGAGAUGCAUUUUGUUUGUAGCAGAUGUUGUAACAUGUUCUUAUUUCCUAAGAAAUACAGCUGGAAAUCUUACAAAAAAAGGUGGCAGCUUUGAUCUCCCUCAUUUCUCUGGCAGGUAUUGAAGGCUGCCAUGGAAUCAGUGACAUCACUAAUUGUAAAAUGGCUGCUUUACUUGUUAAACGUACUUAAUAGACAUAUGAGGAUUAAAUCGGGGAGAAAAAAAUCAAACCAUUAUAUACAGGAUACGCUAAAGGAGAAUGUCCACUAAUCUGCUGUGUAUAUACAGAACAAUAGGUCAGAUGCUUAUCCAAAUACGAACAUAAACUAGAGUAUAUAUUUAUUUUUUGCAAUAUCGGCUUUUAUUUGCAGCCCAUUCUGUUCAUUUAUUUAUAGUACUACACACCUUACACAUGUCAGGUAAAAAAAAAUAAGGUAAAGCAAGAAUGGUUGUUCAAGCUUACCCUUUGCUGCUCUGCUAUCCGUUUUAGCCCGAGUAACGUAUCAAUAUUAGUUCUGUAUGACACAUGUAAACAUGCAGUGAUUGCUGACUGACAGACAAUGCCGGAUGUUGGACUGGCAGCUGUGUACGCUGUGUACACUAACCCAGACACACUUUUGCAUGGAUUUCUUUUUGUAUACACUUUCCUUCUGGAAAACAGGUCAAUGGCCCAUUAAACUAGUCUGAAUAAGCUGUGUUUCUACAGCCUUUGUGGCUUAUGUGGAAGUUCACUUAGCAACUGAUUACAAUGGUUUUGGGACAAAGAAAACCGCAUGAACAUGGUUUCCAUGGUUGUCUGCAAUGUAUAAUGCUUUAUCUCACUCCAACGACAGGCAAGGGUUAAAUCUGGUGAGUAUGCAGUGGGUACCUUUUUGUAUUGAAAUGUAUAAUAUCAGUAGAAAUUGUCAUUCUAUCCAGUAAAGAGGAUUAUAAAGGGUGUCAGAGACUAGCUGGGUGAUGCACCCAGGAUAAAUAGGCAGGUUUGCACAGUGCUUUGCCUUGCACUAUUUCAUGUAUCUCAUUUAAUGAACCGUAAAAUACUUAUGAUUGAGAUAAUUUUACUUCUGAUUUUAAAAACACUGACAUUUCAGCACACUGUAGGGCUCGAUCAAACCGCCACUGGUCUUCGUCCCGUUCAGGGUCCAUUUGGCACCAAACAAGGAAACUUCAACAGCUGUUUGACUUGAAUAAGGUCCAUCCAAAAAGGACAUGCUGUAUUUCUUCCUCCGCUCACCUACCGUUCUAUAAAUGGGUGAAGCGACGGAGUUCCCUUUAACGUAGGGCUGGGCGGUAUACCGGUCCAUACCGAAUACCGAAUUUUUUGGGCUGCACGAUAUGAAUCUUCCCCCAUACUGCAAUACCGGUUGGGCCCCUCCCCCUCGGGAAUGUAUUAUCAGCCCAGCGCAGCGCUGUCCCCACAUCAGGGAACUAAUCCUAUGUUACCCACCAGCGCUGUUCU